AUGCAAGAUCGGAGUUAUCCACGUGGAGCUCUUGUUAUGGUAGCUGGAGCUGGUGGAGGUGAUUUUCUUAAUUUAACUAUAACGGAUGGUUAUAUUGGACCUGGUGCUAUAUAUCCUGACUUAGCAAGAGAGAUUAUAGCUUAUCCAAAUCUCAUAUCAGUUCAAAUGGAUUAUCGAUUUCCAGGUGAUCUUAAUCUAUGUGUUCAAGAUUUACUAGAAACCAUUGAUUUACUUGCAUUAAAAUAUAAUGUCAAACGUGUAGUACUUGUUGGUUGGUCUUUUGGUGGUGCUGUAGUGAUUUCAACUGGUGCUCAACAUAAUCUCGUCAAAGCUAUUGUUACUGUUGCAUCUCAAACUGCUGGUGCCGAUAGUGUUGGUCAAUUAAGUCAAAAAGGCAAAGCUUGUUUAUUUAUUCAUGGUACAGGUGAUCAAUGUUUAUCAUCAUCAUGUUCACAACAACUCUAUCAAUUAGCUGGUCAACCAAAAGAACUUGUUCUCUAUGAUCAAGAUAAUCAUGGUGUAACAAAUCAUCGGUAUCAAGCAAAAGAAAAAAUAAAACAAUUUGCACUUCAAUAUUUAUCCAUGCCAUGA